AUGAAUGUAACUUUGACAGACUCCUCCUUCAUGAAUGUCACUUUGACAGACUCCUCCUUCAUGAAUGUAACUUUGACAGACUCCUCCUUCAUGAAUGUAACUUUGACAGACUCCUCCUUCAUGAAUGUCACUUUGACAGACUCCUUCUUCAUGAAUGUAACUUUGACAGACUCCUCCUUCAUGAAUGUAACUUUGACAGACUCCUCCUUCAUGAAUGUAACUUUGACAGACUCCUUCUUCAUGAAUGUAACUUUGACAGACUCCUCCUUCAUGAAUGUAACUUUGACAGACUCCUCCUUCAUGAAUGUAACUUUGACAGACUCCUUCUUCAUGAAUGUAACUUUGACAGACUCCUCCUUCAUGAAUGUAACUUUGACAGACUCCUCCUUCAUGAAUGUAACUUUGACAGACUCCUUCUUCAUGAAUGUAACUUUGACAGACUCCUCCUUCAUGAAUGUAACUUUGACAGACUCCUCCUUCAUGAAUGUAACUUUGACAGACUCCUCCUUUAUGAAUGUAACUUUGACAGUCUUCUCCUUCAUGAAUGUAACUUUGACAGACUCCUCCUUCAUGAAUGUCACUUUGACAGACUCCUCCUUCAUGAAUGUAACUUUGACAGACUCCUGA